AUGGCAGGCAGCAACAACGGCCUCACUGGAGGUAUCUAUACUAACCGGCGGUGUCUAGAUGAAGUCCUCUUUGCCACCUUCAUCGGGUUGGCUUGGUACAACGCCAUAGAGCUCGUGGUGAUCUGUCUCACAAUGUUCAAACGGUGGCGGGGCGCUUACUUCUGGAGUCUUCUUGUCGCAUCAAUGGGUAUUAUCCCAUACGGCCUCGGUUUAUUCCUGAAGUUCUUCAACAUUGUCCGUCAUAAUUAUCUUGGAACACAUACCCUGGUGACGAUCGGUUGGUGUUGCAUGGUGACAGGCCAGUCAAUGGUCCUGUGGUCGCGACUCCAUCUGAUUCUGUUGAACGAACGGCUCCUACACGGCAUCCUUUACAUGAUCAUCUUUGAUGCCAUAAUAUUCCAUAUACCGACUGCGGUGGUUGCGUUCGGCACUAAUGCACCAAGCCAUCCGAUCGCUUUCGUCAAGGCAUAUAAUGUUCUUGAAAGAGUACAACUCGUUGGAUUCUGUGUCCAAGAGACAUUCCUAUCCACCUUAUAUAUUUGGGGUACAUUGAAGUUCUUAAGGCAUGCUGAUGUAAACCGUUAUCGGUACAUCUUGCAUGAACUCCUCAUCAUCAAUGUGAUUAUUAUUCUCCUGGAUGGCUCUGUGGUUGGUACGCAGUAUGCCGGCCUGUAUUCUGUGCAAACCACCUUCAAGGCAUUGGUGUACAGCAUCAAGCUCAAGCUUGAAUACGCUAUCCUUCGGAAGUUAAUCAAGGCUGUUAAUGUACCUCGUGCACAAGAGCAACGCUCACCAGAGCAACCCAAACCAAGGAGCGAUACAUCAGAGCAAUCCAAAACAGAACAACGCACUGCAAGCCCCUCCGAAGGCACAGUGACUCGCCUAAGCAUGCAGGAAGUCUCUCCGGGGCCUUCAAGGGUCCUCACAACAACCACCAUAGUCUUCUCUCAAAACCUGCAGGCGAUUGGACAAGGCUCCCACCGGGAAAAACACAGCGAUAUUUCACCGCUGAUCAGGUCUAGAGGAAAAUGA